AUGUCUGACCCACGAGCCAAAGGUGGAAAGGGAGGUAACGCAAAGGUCGAGCCCAAAAAGUCGGUCACGCAGUCUUCUCGUGCCGGUCUUCAGUUCCCCGUCGGUCGUAUCCACCGUCACCUGAAGAACCGAACCCAGAACCACGUCCGUAUCGGUGCCAAAGCCGCCGUCUACACAUCCGCCAUCUUGGAAUAUCUCACCGCCGAGGUGCUCGAGUUGGCAGGUAACGCAUCCAAGGAUCUUCGCGUCAAGCGCAUCACACCCCGUCACUUGCAACUUGCGAUUCGCGGAGACGAAGAGCUCGACAGCUUGGUCCGUGCCACCAUCGCUGGUGGUGGUGUCUUGCCACACAUCCACAAGACCUUGAUCAAGGCGCCAAGCAAGAAGAAGGCCGCUGGUGAUGCUUAA